UGUAGGACCUGCCGGACAUGUUCUGAGUCUGCGCACUGUGAACGCUCCGGGCUCAGCUCACCUGUGUGGCUGUGGGACAGGUGACCCAAACCCCUGAAACACCUGUGUCAUCAUCAGACUGAGGGGAAGAGCGCGUGAUGUGACGUCAGUGACGUCAUUAGUGAGCGCUGAAGCUCCACUUUAAGUUUUUUAAGAUGCAUGCCGGGUAGUGGAGUCUUCGUCGCGGGCGUUGGGCCUGCUCUCCUUCAGGCCCUGCACUACAUUUCCCAGCGUGCCCCGCGCGUUUCUUCCUUCCCUCCUUCCUUCCUGCAGCCUCGGCCCUUCUGCCGUGAAAAAGGAAGAUGAGAAGCAGCAGCAGCGGUCCACCGACACCGAACCGAGCCUGAACCGAGUCUGACUUCCAGCGGAAUGGCGGCAGAGCGGCUGCUGACGGACCGGAGGCCGAGCUCAGCUGCUGUUCAGCGGCCUUGAAACCGCCACGACCGCCGCUGGAGCAGCGGAGCCUGGAGGAGCGGCGGGUGGAGCUGCAGCCUGCCGGGCCGAGCCGUGCCGAACCGAGCCGAGCCGAGCUGAGCCGCCGUCAUCUCCCGCCCUGCUAACGAUGCUCAUCUAGCUUCAGGACCGAAGCUUCGACUGCACCGAACCCCGAAACCAGACCAGAUCUCCCCCUGCCCCCCCUUCAGUGUCCCUGCAGGCUGCAGCAUGGAGCGCUCCGGCAGCAUCCAGCUGGACAUCCCUGACUUCAGUAACUCGGUUCUGUCCCACCUGAACCAGCUGCGUGUUCAGGGCCGGCUCUGCGACAUUGUGGUCAACGUGCAGGGCCAAAGCUUCCGGGCCCACAAGGUGGUCCUCGCCGCCAGCUCGCCGUACUUCCGGGACCACAUGUCUCUGAGCCAGAUGAGCACCGUGUCUCUGACGGUGAUCCGCAACCCGACCGUGUUCGAGCAGCUGCUGUCCUUCUGCUACACGGGUCGGCUCUGCCUGCAGCUCGCCGACAUCAUUAGCUACCUGACGGCCGCCAGCUUCCUGCAGAUGCAGCACAUCAUCGACCGCUGCACGCAGAUUCUGGAGGGGAUCCACCUGAAGAUCAGCCUGGCCGACAUGGACGAGGAGCCCUCGGAGGAGGCGCGGGGCCCCAGAACCAACCGGACCCUGGAGGCCGUGGUGCGGGGAAGCGGUCAUGGCAGCCUACGGCUCCUCGGCGCCCGGGGAGGUGCUGAAGUGUGCGAGGCCGUCAGCCCCGCCGAGGAGCCGCUCAGCCCGCUGCCAACAGUGGAGCACAGCGGGCUGGAGGGGUCCGGAACCUCCGCCAGCAGGGCAGGCAAAGAACCGAUCCUUCGCAUCAACCGGGCCGGCCAGUGGUACGUAGAGACGAGCAGCGAGCCGGAGCGUACAGGCAGCGCUGAGGAGGGCAGCGGCAUGGACCGGGUCAGGAUCAAGACAGAGAGGAUGGAGGAGUGGAUCGGAGCAGGAGAGCACCACGAGGAGGGGGGGCCGGUGGAGGAGGGCGCCACCGUGAUGAUCGACACGUCAGGACGCAGCACGCUGGUGACGGGCCCAGUGGGACCGCUGGGGGGCCGCAGUGCCCAGCCGUCAUCCAGCUUCAGUGAAACAGACAGGUUCAGUCCUACCGGCAGCGUCGUCGUCUUGGCCGAGCGGCAGCGAGCAAAGAGCGAGUCUCCCAGCCGGGCGGACGAGCUGCGACAGCCGAGCUCACAGGGGGAGGAGCACGCAGCGUUCGACAUGGGUGGCUACGAGGACUACCUGAGGGAGCAGGUGGGAGACCGCUGGUUCCGCUACAACCCUCGACUCACCUGCAUCUACUGCUGCAAGUCCUUCAACCAGAAGGGCAGCCUGGACCGCCACAUGCGUCUGCACAUGGGCAUCACACCGUUCGUCUGCCGCAUCUGUGGGAAGAAAUACACCCGCAAGGACCAGCUGGAGUACCACAUCCGCAAGCACACCGGCAACAAGCCCUUCCACUGCCACGUCUGUGGCAAGAGCUUCCCCUUCCAGGCCAUCCUCAACCAGCACUUCCGCAAAAACCACCCGGGCUGCGCCCCCCAGGAGGCCCACAGCGCCUCCCCCGAGACCACCACCGCCUCCGUCACGUCCAGGGGAGGGCCGAGCGACGAGGCCUCCCCCAGCCAGGAGGAGCCGGAGGGCGGCGGCGGGAGCAGCAGCGGCGGAGGCCAGUACAGCGAGGGUCCUCAGGCCUCAGUCUCCACCACGGGGCCCGACUGACCCCCGGGGGCGGCAGGCGGGUCAGGUGGAGGUUGGGUGGGGGUUGACACACGCAGAGGGACGUCUGAUCCUGCUGCACCUGAAGCCAACAGGAAGCAGAAGUCACUAAAGUCAAAGCCGCAACAGAACCGACGCCUCAGAGUCUGAACUGAGAUUUUUUCCGCUUUAAACCGCAUCUACCUUCACAACCGAACAGAACCGAUUAAGCUAAAUGAAGAAUCGCCACACAGUCCAACACCUCACGCACCACGAUGCCGUGGUCUCGUCUGCCUCUGUCAGUUUAUGUUACAGAUUUCUACUUUUAUAUUUACAGGUGUUACAGGUUCACAAUGCAGCAUCACAACAGCCAAACAACUCCGUGCCAGUCGACAGUUCACAUCUGCCUCGAGACAAUCUGGAGCCGCUCGCCCGGCGCCGUGGCGGCAUCAUAGAUUUAGUUUGACAGGGUUUGGGUCAUUAAGGUUCAAUGAGAAAAAUAUGACUGUUAAAGGUCCAGUGUGAUCAGAGUUCAUCGCUUCCUGUUCUGACCUCUUGGUCCUGGUCCAAAAAGUUUACUGUAAAACAAGUAGAGCACACAGAAACCUUCAGACUGACGCGAUUAACGAUUCGCUUCGUUACUGAAAACUUCACAAGUUAACGUCUUAAACGACUUUUCAGCCGAGUCAUCGACUCGUCACACGAACAGACGAGUUUAAAUGUAAACAUUUAUUAAUCAGAAGUGACCCGACAUGUUGUACCGGACAGCACCGGUCAGAUGUAUCUGUGAUGAUGUCAAACAUCCACACGAUGUGAAAUAAAUUCAGCCGAAGAGUUUAAAGUUCAGUUUGUCGAAGCUGCUGAACAGAAGCUAACGAGCCAGACCUCCGUGAUCACUGACGUACUGAUACUUGUUGAUUAGAGAGUUCUGAGUGGAGAAACUGAUGUUUUCCAUCUGGAGUUAAUGAACAACGAUGUUUUUAUUGUAUUUUUGAUCAUUAAUAUUCAAACAUAAGGUCCACUUUCUCUGCCACAGAACCUGCUCAGGUGUCAUCGUGUGACCUGAGUCCAGACUUCAGUUGGGUCACAGCAGGUGGUCGUACGCGAGGGGACGGUACCGCCCGUCUCCUGAUGGCGGGCGGUCCAUCUGAAAGCUCGGCUGACUGAAUGGACGUGAAAGUGAAUGAGCUGUGAUCACACUGGAUUAGUUAAUCUGGCUGUAAAACGAGUGUAAAUUCUGCAGAUUAGCCUCGUCGAACUCCGUUUUGAGGAUCCGGUAGAUUAGAAAAGGACGUCUGACACCU